AUGUCAUCGGAUACAGAGGAUGAAGAAGACGCCGCGAUAAAAACAGCUCUAUACAAACGUCUAGAGUUGACAGAAAAAGAGAUUCGAGAAGUUUGCCUCGUCAAAAUCCUUCCAGGCAGAGCGCCUGGUGACAUCGGAGUUUCGAUUCGCAACGCGACACCAGAAGACAUAGGCAAAUAUUGUUGCUUGUCAUACGAAUGCGGCCCCCAAGAUGAGGACCUGCUACGAAACAUCUUGAUCAUCAAUGAAUCACAAGGGACUUCCAGCCCUGGCGCUAUCGGUCCAAAUUUGUACAGUUUCCUCGAAGUUGCGCAGAACGAAUUGAGCGGGAGCAAAGCGGCGAAUCUCAUCGAUUUCCACUCAGAAUUUUGGAUCGAUGCUUUGUCUAUCGAUCAAGACGAUACAGAGGUGAAGAAUCGUGAAGUCGCGAAAAUGGGGAAAAUCUAUGCCCAAGCUUCCAAAACGGUGAUCUGGCUCGGUCAUAUGGGCGAACCUGGACACAAUUGGGAAGCGGAACACAAGAAUAACAGAGUAAAACUCUUGAGGACUGUGGAUGCUCAAACAUACUGGAAUCGGGCCUGGAUCGUUCAAGAAGUCGCGCUAGCCCGAGAGCCUGUCAUUCUAAUGGGAGAUUGCGCGCUACCGUAUGACGAAAUAUAUGACAUGGGAGACAGCAAUGGCGAUCUAAAGAUCGUUAGCUACGUUAGUAUGAUAAAACUUGUGAUCAUGGACGGCGGUACCUGGCCCUUGACAUCUAUACUGGGUCUCCUCUCGGGACACAGUUGCAAGCUUGCACGCGAUCACAUCUACUCGAUCAGGUCUUUAGGGGACGAGUACAGUGCGAUCUCUAUUGACUAUGACACUUCGAAUGCAAAAGUCAUUCAUCAAUUAUUCACCGCUUUUCCUGAGCAACUGUUUCGCCAAUGCUCAGCCUCCCAUGAGACGCAACACAAUUUACUCGAUGCGGAAUGGGAAAGUACCACAGAAGGAUCUUCGCAAACUGUAUGUCAACUGGAGAUCAUAGAUUUUCAAUUACCGAGCAUCCAGCUAAUCACCUGA